UUCGCGUAGGCAGUCUGUGCUGUUUGGUUCCCUCAGCAAGCAUGGCAGAUCUUCAGAACAUCUCUGGUGGUAAAGCAGAGCUGCAGCCUGAAGCCAUGACUGAUAUCGGUGUGCUGGCAUCCAAGAAAGAACCUCCAGCAGGCUACUAUAUUGUUGCACAAACAACAGAUGGCUUUGACGCCAACCUGUGGAAGGACAGCAUAUUCAAAUCCAAGGUCACACGCUAUCUUUGCUUUACCCGAGCUGCCACCUCCAAAAACAAGCAAUUAUGCAACGUUGUCGUGGACGUGAAGCUGAUCGACUUGAAGGACUGUUUGCCAGAGGGCUUCACUCCGAUCCAAGAAACCACGGAUACCCAGGAGCAGGCUUUGAGGAAGGAGAGACUGUGUGUGAAGUUGGUCCCCAGGCACAGCACUGGUACGGCUAUAUGCGAUGUGGUUAUACAGGGGAAAUCAAAGCACAGCCUCACUAAUUAUACAUUUAUAGGUGAACUGAAUGGUUUGGGAAUUUGGUAUCAGCUGGGAAAAGUCACUAAGUCACAGGAUGCAGAGCACAAAAUCCCCUCCACCUCUGGUGUUGCCAGACAAUUCCCACAGUCUCCGGCCUCCAGUCUUACUAAAAAGAACAUGGUUAGGCCAGACUACGAACACCAAAUCUACAACCUCUACACCAAAUCAGCUAUGGAUGAUAUACCCUUUAUGAUCUCCAAAAAAUCUACCUCCACAUCCAGAGAUGAAAUAGAUCCAGUCCGUUUCUUGAACAUUGCUAUCAAAUCACCACAACAGAUUGAAGAGGAAUACAGCUAUUGUUUCAACACUGAACACGGCGCUGCGGCCUUCACAUGGACUCAGUGACUGUAGAGAGGGGAUUCUCACCAUUAACAGUGCAUAACUAACUGACCUAACUGUUUAUACACACUACUGCUUUCUUCCUCCAGCACUCGUUUUCUUUUCAGAAAACCUCCCUCUGUCCUUAUGCCAUACGUGAUCAGCUCAAAUGGAUGCAAAAGUCCUCCCUUGCAUGUUUUUCUUAUUGAUUCUCUUGUUUCACCUAUCUUAAGUGAAAUAGGUUGUAACCAGGUUCAUUUUUACAUUUACAUUUUACAUUUAUGUAUGUUCUCAGGGAGAUCUUAAAGUUUUUGUUUUUUUUUCAUACUUAAAAUCAUUUUAUUUAUCUUUUUUCUAUGUUUGAUUUUUAAAGAACAGUUGACUCAAAUUUUACACAAAUAGAAUUGGCCAUUGUUUAUCAUUUUAUUUAAUCUGAGAAGAAAAAAAGGUUUUAUUUUCAAAGCUCUUAAUUUAUUUUUGCGUUUGACAUAGUGCUAUCAUAAAAUUAUUAUACUCUGACUCUAGCAUUCUCUAUUUUGUUUCUGUUAUGUUUUUUUUUUGUUCAUUAAU